CUGUCUGUGAUACACUUAUCUUUACAUGCAAAUGCUUCGCUCGGCGGGUUUGUACGUACAAUGUUGGUAUCGAUUAUCAGGAUGACAAUGUUGAAGCCAGCCAUCACCGGAUACGCACCCUGCCGUUAGACUCUAAAAUUUCACAAAAUCGAAACCACAACGAACGGGUAUUUAAAUGAUGGCCUACCGACCGGUUUUACUCAUCCCACUUCUCCUCCUCCUCUCUCCUCUCCCUCGUUCUCCCUCUCUCAUAUCCUCCCACACACCUUCUGCCCAACCUUGGCUUAUCUUCAACGAGCCCUUCUAGCUGUUGUACACGUCUUCAAUGCUAGAGAGGUUGAUGAUUGUUGAUCUUCUGAUUGCCUUCACCUGCCUUUUCCAACUUAGCUUUUUGACUUCAAGCCUAACAACCACGAUGAUGAUGACAUCGAGCUCACUGAGCACCAUGUUCGGCGUUACUUUUUCGACCCCAAGGUUAUUAUGGCGUUGUGACUCGUUCACCCACAAGCUCCAUGGCAUAUCUUGCGAAGAUCUAAUGUUGUUUUUAGGCCUACCAUUUUAUGAGAACCAGCUCAGUUUUAGAAUGGUACAUAAGAAUCUAUCAAUGAUGAUUUGCGAUGCGGUUACGGGAUGGUCUCCGCCUCUCGAGACGACAGUGCUGAGUUUAAAAAAAUUAAACCGGUGCAGCUUAGAUCGGAACGAUAUCCGUAGACCGCACAAUAUGGCUUUCGAGCUUAUAUGAUGUCCAGAAUAGGGUGCA